AUGCUUAUCUGCGUGGAUAACAAUCUUUUAUCGCGAGCUGCUGGUCGUGAUGGUACCAGUGCUAUGAAUAAGGCUCGACACGAAUUGAUAACCUGGACAGAAACAGCAGCUUCACGACGGGCAUGUAUUCAUGCAGCUCAGACAUUUCGGAUACUAUCUCAUCGCAAGCCCGCUGAUGGAACGGCAUUCCAGUCCGUCCGAGCUCUGUUCAUGUCGGCGAUGGUUCUUGGAUUUUAUCUUCUUGCCAAGAAACUCUCAUCCAAAUGUUCACCCGUCGAUGAGAAUGAUUCAUUUGACUUGUCUCAUGCCGGUAUUGAUUGGAAGAUCGUCGGGGAAGAGGGCUUUACUGAACCGCUAGCAACUCUAAACUCUGAAAAUACAGCCCUUCAAUUUAUUCAGUCUGGUGGCCCGAUAGUUAUGGAUGGAAAAAAUUAUCAACCUGGAGCCAGACAUGCUAAGCGUAUCAUCUUGGAAUUUGCUGGUCUUUUAGACGAAGUUGGGUCUCAUUGGAUGGCUGAUUACGCGCAACUUUUGUACACCAUUCACGACACAAUUGAAGAGUAA